ACCAAUAUCAUUCUAAUUCUCAUAUUGGGUGGAUUCAUUUCAUCAAUCACUUUGCCUUUCUGAUCAUAACCACCAAAAUGCCAACCAUUAAUCCAGUUCGUUUCAAAUUCAUGCAAGCCAUAAUAACAUUUAUGAUGAUGAUGUUGCAGGUUGUUUGUGCUGAAGAGGAAAUAAUGUGCAUUGAGAGGGAGAGGGAAGCACUCCUCCAAUUCAAGGCUGCACUUGUGGAUGACUAUGGCAUGCUCUCUUCUUGGACCACUUCUGAUUGCUGCCAAUGGCAAGGGAUUCGCUGCACCAACCUCACCGCCCAUGUUCUAAUGCUCGACCUUCACGGUCAGCUUCAUUAUUCAUAUGCUUUCAAUCGUAUCACUGGAAUUCUCUCGCAACGUUUCAUCAGAGGAGAGAUCCACAAGUCGUUGAUGGAGUUGCAACAAUUAAACUAUUUAAACCUCAGUUCGAAUGACUUUCAAGGCAGAGGAAUCCCAGAGUUUCUUGGUUCUCUCACCAACUUGAGAUACCUUGAUCUGUCAUAUUCUGAUUUUGAAGGAAAAAUUCCAACUCAGUUUGGCUCUCUUUCUCAUUUGAAAUACUUAGAUCUUUGUGGGAACCUUUAUCUGCAGGGUUCAAUCCCACUUCAACUUGGAAAUCUCUCCCAGUUGCAGCAUCUUGAUCUCAGGGGCAAUCAAUUUGAAGGAAAUAUACCCUCUCAAAUUGGAAAUCUCUCCCAGUUGCAGCAUCUUGAUCUCAGGGGCAAUCAAUUUGAAGGAAAUAUACCCUCUCAAAUUGGAAAUCUCUCCCAGUUGCAGCAUCUUGAUCUCAGGGGCAAUCAAUUUGAAGGAAAUAUACCCUCUCAAAUUGGAAAUCUCUCCCAGUUGCAGCAUCUUGAUCUCAGCUACAAUUCUUUUGAAGGAAGUAUACCGUCCCAACUUGGGAACCUUUCAAAUUUGCAGAAGCUUUAUCUUGGAGGUCCUGCUCUCAAAAUUGACGAUGGAGAUCAUUGGCUGUCUAAUCUCAUUUCCUUAACCCAUCUUUCCUUCCACUCCAUAUCUAAUCUCAACACUUAUCAUAGCUUCUUCCAAAUGAUUGCCAAACUACCAAAACUUAGAGAACUGAGUUUAAUUGAUUGUAGCCUUUCCGAUCAUUUUAUCCUUUCACUGAGACCCUCCAAAUUCAAUUUUUCUAGUUCUCUUUCCAGACUUGAUCUUUCCUGGAACAGCUUCACGUCAUCAAUGAUACUCCAGUGGCUGUCCAACGUCACUUCCAACCUUGUUGAGCUUGACCUUAGUGGUAACCUCUUGGAGGGUUCCACAUCAAACCAUUUUGGCCGUGUAAUGAAUUCUCUUGAGCACCUCGACCUCUCAAAUAAUAUAUUCAAGGGUGACGAUUUCAAAUCCUUCGCGAAUAUAUGCACCUUACGUUCUUUAUAUGCGACAGAAAACAAUUUCAGUGAAGACCUUCCGUCAAUCCUUCAUAAUUUGUCUAGUGGUUGUGUUAGACACUCAUUACAAGAUUUGGAUUUGUCAUAUAAUCAAAUCACCGGCUCUUUACCUGACCUUUCAGUAUUCUCGUCUCUAAAAACAUUGGUUCUCAAACAGAAUCAAUUAAGUGGAAACAUACCUGAAGGUAUCCGCUUACCAUUUCAUUUGGAAUCUCUGUCAAUCCAAUCAAACUCUUUAGAAGGUGGAAUUCCCAAAUCAUUUGGGAACUCAUGUGCUUUGAGAUCACUGGAUAUGUCUGGUAACAAUUUGAAUAAAGAGCUUUCGGUGAUAAUUCAUCAAUUGUCUGGGUGUGCCAGAUUCUCGCUGCAAGAAUUGAACAUAGGAGGAAAUCAAAUCAAUGGUAACAAUUUGAAUAAAGAGCUUUCGGUGAUAAUUCAUCAAUUGUCUGGGUGUGCCAGAUUCUCGCUGCAAGAAUUGAACAUAGGAGGAAAUCAAAUCAAUGGUAACAAUUUGAAUAAAGAGCUUUCGGUGAUAAUUCAUCAAUUGUCUGGGUGUGCCAGAUUCUCGCUGCAAGAAUUGAACAUAAGAGGAAAUCAAAUCAAUGGUGCCAGCUUGUGGAGGUGGAAAAUGCAAAGAGAUACUUUUGGAGGUGAGAAGGCAUCUCUCACAGUUGGAUUUGGAGACCGAGAGAGAAUUAAGGAAGGCUUCUAGAGCUUGAGGGAGCCAAUUGUGAUUGUGAUCUAGUUUAUUUUCCUUUUUAAUUUCUAAGCAUUUUGUUUGUACUUUAGCCCUUAAAUCUGAACUGGUUGUUUUGUAUGAAGUUGAUGAAUCUUCACAAUAAUGAGAAUUGAGAUGUUUGGUUAUUGUUUCUGGA